CCAUCGACUAAUGUGCGACGUUGGGUCACAACGAUACACCUGUUGUUAGUCGUCGUGGUAAAGCUGCGUUUGCAGGCAACAUCAGUCGACAGACACUUCACGACAUAGUUCCUUAGGUUAAAGGCACAGUGGGAGUUAUCCAGUUAUACGGAAAGCAGUUUGGACAAGGGAAGACGAACUCACAUCCAAUAUGUUUGUUAAACAAACCACAAACACGAUCCUAUUCAUUGUAAUUCUGCUACUGGUGCAAGGUGCGCUCUGUCAGAAUCGGGGCAGGAACCAGCAGGGCCAGCGUGUGAGGCAGCAGCAGCAGCGGCGACAGCAACAGCAGCAGCAGCAGCAGCAGAAGCAGCAACAGCAGGUCAGUGAUGACAGUCAGCAGGGAAGCGCUGCAUUACCGACGAUCACGAUGGAACCGAUGUGUCCUUACAUCGUGCCACUGCUCGCCGCGAUGUGUUCAAACAACGCUCCUAUCGCCGACAACAACGCUGCCGCCAUGAGGAUCAUGUGCCCCUUUAUCACUCCAUUCGUGCUGCGUGCGUGCGAGGGUGUUGACCUCAGCCUGCCAACCUGCGCGGAGUGCGACUGUGCAUCGCAGGGCUAAUGAGGGCACGGCGCGUGGAGUGGACGCAGCUUUCAUGAGCCGCCAAUCCCGAUCGAAGAUGGGUCUCCUUCACAUGACCGACUAUUCUGAACUGUUUAGCUGCUAUCAUGUGCUCUGUAAAGUGUGAUAUGUUUCUGUUCGGUUUUACAGCAAGAUUUCUGCAUUCCCAGUUGUGAUAAACUAGCCAAUCUGAUUACAAAACAGCAACCAAUUCUGCCCAAAGUCACAAAAUGAGCACUAGUUCAUAUAUAUCCCAGCAAUUGUAUAAGUGCAUGCCAUCUAGAGUGCCACGGUUUCCUCCUUAUAUCUAGGUUUUUAUGUUUAUAAUGGUAAGAGGUGAAUUUUUGUUUCAACUCUCACUAAAUCAUUAGCAUAACAAAUUUUCCCAAGGUUUAAACCUCAUCAGAAGCAAUGCAAGUACAAGUAGAAAUAAAUUCAUCUAUUUGUGUCUUCAAUUGCAAAAAUAAAAAUUGAGUAAACAUUACAAUAAAUCAUUUAUCAUUUCACUAUAAUAAUUAACUACAAUUUAAUGUUA